UCAUGGAUUCAUCGCCAGGCAAAGAGCUUGAACCACUUGUCGGCCCAGUACAAACCCAGUCUGGGAAGAAAAAAAAACACCCACUGACAACUGUGAUGACUGAGUGAGGACAGGGGAAGGUUUGUUGUGGCUCAAAGUGGAGCUUUACAGGAAAAGACACACAGCAAGUUCUGCCAGGAUCACUAGAAACAUUUGCUUUUGGACUCCUUUGGACUGUUUUAUAUGGAUUCCUGCUUCGCUUCAUGCCUGCUGUUUGCCAGUUAAACACUGAGUGGUCGUUCCAGUGCCACAGCACUGCACAGAGCUGGGAUUUUCUCAAGCCAAAGGCUGAUCUGCAUCCACAAAUCUGAAGCUAAGGAGAACAGCUGAGCACCGUUAAGCCCUAACUAAAACUCCCAGGCAGCUCCUCUCCCUAUUCACCUCUCUGUUACUACAGAAAUGCCUUGGGAACACAUAACAAUCCUCCUUUUGAUGGUCUGCAUCACAUCCCUGGUGGUGGGUGUAGAGGAAAGGCAGAGAGAUGAGUGUGCUGACCUCAACAACACCACAUGGAUGGAGUACCGGCACCACAGGGUCAAACUGCAGGUGCAGUACCUGCUGCUGACCAGGAGAAACACAGACUGUGCACAAAUGUUCAACCAGGAGUCUCUCACCGAGCAGCCCUCCUACUUCAACACCUCCCGCCCGACCAAAGUCAUCAUCCACGGUUACAGAGCUCUGGGCAGUAAGCCGUCCUGGGUGAAGGAGCUGGCCCGGGCCUUGCUCAGGGCGCAGGAUGUGAACGUGCUGGUGGUGGACUGGGUCUACGGUGCCUCCUUCGCUUACAACCUGGUGGUGGAGAAUUACAAGGAGGUGGCUGUGCAAAUCUCUGUCCUCAUCAACCAGCUGCAGGAGCAUGGAUGUAAACUGGAGUCCUUCCACUUCAUCGGGGUCAGUCUCGGGGCGCACGUUGCUGGAUUUGUGGGGACUCUGUUUGAGGGGAAGAUAGGAAGAAUCACAGGACUCGACCCUGCUGGACCCAUGUUCAAAGGAGCUGACACCUUUGACCGCCUGGACCCAUCUGAUGCUCAGUUUGUUGAUGCCAUCCACACAGACUCUGACUAUUUUGGCAUCUCCAUCCCUGUCGGUCAUGUGGACUUCUUUCUGAACGGAGGGAAGGACCAGACUGGAUGUGCCCGCUCCAGGUUUGCCUCAAUUCUCGUCUACUUUCCAGUGUAUGGUUAUGUGAUAUGUGACCACAUGAGGGCGCUGCACGUCUACAUGAGCGCACUGAACGGCUCCUGCCCCUUGAGGGGGAUCCCAUGCUUCAGCUAUGAGGACUUCCUGAAGGGACGCUGUGUGGACUGUGAUGUCUUCAAGGGGACUUGUCCAACUAUAGGUUUAUCAGAAAACAGUGGGAUAGCCAUGUCUCCAAUUCCCGAGGAGCAGAAGCUGUUCCUUCUCACGACUUCUUCGCCACCUUUUUGCACUCAUCACAUCCUGCUGGAGCUGGACGUUUCUCCCCUGGAUAAAAGCGCGGAGGUGGAAGUGACGCUCAGGACUGACAAACUGGGAACAGUGCAGAGGAUCAGACUUCAGACGUCUACGACGGUGUACAGGACGGUGCUGGCUCAUCCCGUCGCUCUGUGCGAGAUCGACUCCAUCAAGCUGAAGAACACCGGCGCUCGGUUCUACAGACAGUCAGACAUCCACUUCAAGUCCAUCUGUGUGUCUGAGUUCCCCUCUCUCCGGCGGGACGAGCCGCUGUGUGUGAACAACAUCAGUGUCAGACGAGGAACUCCGUGGUCUCAUGACUUUGUGCAGGUGUGUGGCAUCUUCUGAAGGAAAAAAGAUCUGCUCAAAAAGACUGGGGAAAAAAAAAACCCGUCCCGAACAUCUACACUGAAGUCCCCCGAGGACACCAACAUGAAAUCAGUUUCACCACCUUUUUUUUUAAUUUCUAAUAAUAAAACAGUGAUCAAAUCUCUCUGAAUGAUCAGAGAGUUAAAUCUCAGUGGAUGGAGCCAAAGAACCACCUUUUAUUCUGGAUUCACUUCACUACUAACUGUCUGAAUGCAGUCUAAUCCUACUGUUGUUUUGUUAAUCUGGCUAAUUUGGUUAAUUAUUUACGUUAUUAUUUCUUAUCUUCAGUCUUGUUUUUUGUUAUUUAUGUUUGCCUCUUAGCUUAUCCCUCUAUCUGAAAAGUGUUUUUUUUUUCCUGUUAUCUGGUUUUGCAACUGGAGUCUAACUUAUGAACUCUGCACCAUGAGACCAGACUCUGUUGUAUAUUUAGGGAAUUUAGCAAUAAACAGAGAAAUAACCGGUGA